UCUCACUUCAAGUUUCUAUUGAGUUUCUUGGCACGUUUGGACAACAAUCGACACUUCUGUCUCAAAACCAUAAUCGGGGAGACUGAUUGGAUUAGACACUCUCAUCCGAUUUGUACAAAUAGUGAUUGGGAAGAAGUUACCAAUUUAGUUGUGAAUUGACAGUGGUCGGAUUUGUGAGUAUCACAGUUGUACACCAAAGAGAAACAUUAUGAGGACUCUCGUUUGGUUCAUCUCCGUUGUCUGCAGUUGCACGUGUUUACUGGCCGUGGCUUUACCAUACGGUGCGAGCAGCCUGACGACCACCAGGAAACGAAAUCAAGAGACCACCGCGAGCUGUGUCAGUAUCCAGCAGCUGGAAGUAUUUCAGGCCCAGUUUCACAACUCCGUGGAUAAAACCUUGGAUGGAAAGGCAACCUUUGAGGAAGUAAAGGACUAUUUAUCUAAAUACAACCCUGUUAUCAAGGACUCGGAAGUGACGAGGUUCAUCAGACGCAGGGACGUUAAUGGCAAUGGAGUUAUCGAUUUCAUACCAGACUAUUUAACAGAGGUUAUGUCCCCUACAUACGGUCUGUCUAAGGCCAAGGAGUGGUUCCAGUUGGAAGACUCCAACCGUGACGGAUACGUGUCCAGAGACGAGCUGAUUCAGAUUGCUCUGAAUGUCGGUUUUCCGCCGGAGGAGGCUGAAGACGCAGUGGACAUGUUCUAUAUGUCAGGAGAUGUAAACGGCGACAGAAAACUUAACUGGAAAGAAUAUUCUGCCGUAGUCAUGUAAAGGAAAUACGAGAAUUCAGAGACCGAGGGGGCCAUUGUCCUGCAUACAGUGUCAGUCUUUGUGAUUUUGAUUGCAAAGUGUAUUCGAAAAUAAAACAGUAUCGACUCCA